AUGCCCCGUAUAAGAAAAUUGAAUGCCAGAAUAGAAGGAAUUUUGCAUGGAAGUGUUGGAAUUCGAUCUGUUGAGGAUGUGGUACGGGAGUUACUUCAAAAUAGUAUUGAUUCAGAUGCCUCACAGGUCGAUGUUACUAUUGAGAUCGAUCGGGUAAAUCGAUGCUUGAAUGUUUUCUGCAAAGACAACGGUUAUGGAAUUGAUUACGAAAACUUGAACACUAUAGGACGACGAUAUUUUACAUCCAAAUUCUAUGGAACGGAUACAGAUGGAAUGAAUUCCAUCACAACAUACGGGUUCCGUGGGGAAGCACUGGACUCAAUUAUCCAAGUGAGCUCUGUGUGUAGAGUGGUAUCAAAAACAUGUGAGGAUAAUGAACAAUGGGAGAUCAUUUUCACUUCUGGUGCACGAAAAGGAGGAGUUCUGAGACAGAAACUGAGUGUUAUUGAGACAUCUGGCACUUCGGUCUACGUUUACAAUGUGUUUGGACCAAUAGCGGUACGAAAAUAUGCGAUAUUCAAUGAGGACAAUACCAAGUAUAUGAGUGACCUCUUUUUUGGCUUGAGAAGAGAAAUCUUCAUUACCUUGGCCAAGACUCCUUCUGUGAGAGUCAGUGUUACGAAAGUAGAGGAAGGGAAAGAGGAUAAGUUAAUGCUCUUUACCAACGGGUGCGAAGGGGAAGGGAUAAGUAGACAGGUGGACAUUCUAAGACACAUCUAUGGAGAGCAUGUAAUUUCCUGUUAUAAGUCUUUUAGUAUGGACCAAACACCCGAAAUACAUAUAAGCAUGGCAGUCGGCUUCACACCGGCAGAGAGUCGCAAUUUUCAGUUCGUUUUCCUUAACGGUCGACCAUUAUUAGAUAAGAAGUUACUAAAACGUAUCAGAAAUUCAUUUGAAACGCAUAAUUUUGGUUACGUAGAGGAUAGGAAGAAGCGACGAAAGUGGUAUAGAGCAUAUCCGGUGUUCAUAGUGCUGAUCUCUUCUUAUGAAACGGAUGCUGAAGAAAUCACUCAGUCCCAGGACAAAACCUGCGACUUCACUAAACUUACGGAUUCCAUUGCAAGGACGAUUGAGAAGGAACUUGAAAGGUUCUUCAGGAGAAGGGGUUUGGUGUCUGAUUCUAGUAAAAAAAGGAUCAACUGUGAGCAAGAGGAAAGGGUAUCUCUACUUCCUUUACAAAGCUUUGUUAAGGUAUCUCCAUACUUCCACAAUAUGAGCGAAAUAGAAAUCAAUAAAGCUCAGUUUUCUGACAUUAAAGUGAUUGGGCAGAUGUACGAGAAGUUUAUAUUGACAAGGGUGGAACGAGAAAAGCCAAUUCUAGUGGCCAUUGAUCAGCAUGCAUGCGCCGAGCGUAUUAAAGUGGAACAGCUUUACGAGGAAUUGAUUGAGUCAACCGUACUUGCAGAUGAAUGGACUGACGCCACAAAGCUCAAUAAUCCAAUUAGUAUCAAGCUGAGCGAAGGAGAACUGGAACUAUCAGAACGAUUCAGUAACACGCUUACGGCGUGGGGAAUUGGGUUUUCAAGGAAACAAGGACUUUUUACUAUUACAAAUUUACCAGAAUUGAUUCAGCGGCGAGUGGACAAUAGUCUCGAUGAAAUGAAUCUUGGCAGGAGUCUUAAGCAGUUCAUGGCUGAUAUGAAUAAUUCGUUGAAGCUACGGGUAGAAAAAAGUAGCACAAACAAAGACUGGUGGUGUUAUGUCAGCCAGAUGCCCGAGUUUUGGAAACAGACCAUCAAAUCGAUAUCGUGCAAACAAUCAGUGAAGUUUGGCGAGAGGCUCACAACACAGCAGUGCGUUAGUAUGGUGGGUCAGUUGGGAAAGUGUCGGGAACCAUUUUAUUGUGCGCACGGAAGACCUUCAAUUUAUCCAAUCUGUCAGUAUUAG